AUGCUUGCUUCUGCGCCAAUCUUGCACAGCGUAUUGCUGCUUGGGGCCCUCUUUGGCACAGUCGUGGGCGCUUUGGACUUUGGACGAUAUGACGAAGCCCAUCGUGUGACGAAAUCAGUUGAAUCUACGCAGCCAGUCGCGGCGACAAUAACGACGGCUAUUACUACAGCCACAUUUACAACAGUAACCGUCAGCGCCAGGAAUUCCGAUAUUCCAACUCGUCUUGGCAGGUUGAGGGGUCGAGUGAAUGGCGAUGAUGCCAACCAAGGAGCCGACACCGGCACUUCCACCACCUCCACCCCGGAAACUGCGUCCUCAGCAGCUGAGACGGAUAACAGUGGCAGCGACAGCCAGGACAGCCUUUCUUCGACACAACUGGGCGGCAUAAUCGGAGGAGCUGCUGCGUUUCUGGCAUUGGUGGUUGCUGUGGCCUGUGUCCUGAUCCGGCACAUUGACAGGCUGGCUGACCAGAUAGCUAAGAUACCAAGGUCGUCCAAGUCUACCAGCACAAGGAAAUUAAGAAGCAAGCCAACCAGCGUGUCGUCAUCAGACACUGAUAGCAGGGAUUCGCGAGAGGGUUCUGCCAUCGAGUUAAUGCAGCGCUCAUCGUUGCGGCGCUCACAAGCUCGUCGGAAACCCAAAUCCACAGCUCGCCGUAACAACCAGCGUCGCAACGGCCUGUACAUUGCUGCGGCCGGCAAUCCCCAGAGCGAACGAGCCCCCGAGAGACAAGAUCGUUCAACUGACAUACCCCUCCAAACAUUGUCUCGGCCUGUCAUCAAUCGCCGCCCUGUCCCGGUUCCAAAUCCAGCGCGUACUGCAAUUGUAUCGCCUGCACCAGUUAAUGCUAUUUCCCCGAGGCUACUGAGCUCGCCCUCACCAGUUAGCGCCAUAUCCUCAGAACUUGAAGCGUGCUCGCUUGCACAAGAAUUAGCUGGAAUAGCAUCAGCAGAAAGCCUGGCAGCAGACUCACUCAUACACUAUGCGCGAGAUGUUCCCCCAAGCGAUCUCCCGUGGUUUGCUGUUAGGCCGCCUCUUAAAGACCAAUGGAUGAAGAGCGUGUUGCUGUUAAGGCAGUCGGAGAAUGCCUCUCCUGAGCACUUUAGCCUCGAUGAUGGCGACGAGGAAUGGCAUGGAUUCUACGGGGCCAGGGGAUAUAUGGCGGGACGAACUGGACUUGGUAUAACCUAUCCACGGAACGGUCACACCAGGGAGGGGAGCAAUUGA